AUGCGGUGGCUAAACCUCCUCACGGCCUCGCUGCUGCCCUUCACAGCUCUCGCAGCCAAGAAACCAACCGGCGACCGCUUCAAUGACGCCCGCGCCAAAUCGCUAUCCAUCGGCCACCCGCUCAAGCUCGACGAUGCAAGCUAUGCGCAAUUGACAAAGUCUCCUCGUGACUACGGCGUUGCUAUACUGCUGACAGCCUUGGAGCCGCGUUUCGGUUGCAUGCUGUGUCGGGAUUUCCAGCCAGAGUGGGAUUUGCUGGGUAAGAGUUGGAUGAAAGGUGACAAGGACGGUGCGACAAGACUUGUAUUCGGAACCUUGGAUUUCGUAGAUGGCAAGAACGUUUUCCAGUCGAUGAUGCUGCAAACCGCCCCCGUCCUCCUCUACUUCCACCCCACUGUCGGCACCCACGCAAAACCAGAUGCCUCACCCGUUCGCUUCGACUUUACUGCCGGUCCCCAGACCGCAGAACAAAUCCACGCCUGGAUCUCACGACAAGUUCCUGCUGAACUGCCCAAGCCUGCUGUCUCGCGCCCUAUCAACUGGAUCAAGAUCAUCACCGUCACCACCGUUGUUCUGGGUGGCAUCACUGCUGUCUCCGUUGCAUGGCCUUACUUCGUUCCCCUGCUACAGAACCGCAAUCUCUGGGCUGCUGUCUCCCUUAUUGCCGUCUUGCUCUUCACUUCUGGCCACAUGUUCAACCACAUUCGUAAGACACCAUAUGUUGUUGGCGAUGGCAAGGGUGGUAUGAGCUAUUUCGCUGGUGGCUUCAGCAACCAGUAUGGUCUUGAGAGCCAGAUUGUUGCUGCCAUCUACGGUGUACUUGCUUUCGCCGCUAUUUCCCUUGCCAUCAAGGUUCCUCGGAUUAAGGAUGCGCGUGCGCAGUCUUUUGCGGUAUUCUUGUGGACCGGAGUGCUGUUUGGUAUGUACAGUUUCUUGCUGAGCGUCUUCAGGUUGAAGAAUGGCGGGUACCCGUUCUAUCUGCCUCCUUUCUAG